GUGCACAGGUCUGCACAUGACGUCACCGUGAAGAGGGUGGCUCCCGCUUCAUACAGACCUCAUCGCCGUGAGGUGAGGCUAAGAUGAGCGUAACCAGUGACGAGGUGAACUUUUUGGUGUAUCGGUAUCUCCAGGAGUCAGGUUUCUCUCACUCGGCCUUCACGUUUGGAAUCGAGAGCCACAUCAGCCAGUCCAACAUCAAUGGGACACUAGUGCCGCCGGCCGCGCUCAUCUCCAUCCUCCAGAAGGGCCUGCAGUAUGUGGAGGCUGAGAUCAGCAUCAAUGAGGACGGCACCGUGUUUGACGGGCGGCCCAUUGAGUCGCUGUCGCUGAUUGACGCAGUGAUGCCGGAUGUGGUGCAGACGCGGCAGCAGGCCUUCAGAGAGAAGCUGGCCCAGCAGCAGGCCAGUGCGGCGGCGGCCACGGCAGCGGCAGCCACCCCAGCAGCUGUGUCCCAGCAAAACCCACCAAAGAAUGGAGAGGCCUCAGUGAACGGGGAGGAGAACGGGGCACAUGCAAUAAAUAAUCAUUCAAAACCAAUGGAAAUAGAUGGGGAAGUUGAGAUCCCAUCGAGCAAGGCCACCGUGCUUCGGGGCCAUGAGUCCGAGGUGUUCAUCUGCGCCUGGAACCCUGUCAGUGACCUCCUCGCGUCCGGGUCCGGAGACUCUACUGCGAGGAUAUGGAACCUGAAUGAAAACAGCAAUGGGGGCUCCACCCAGCUCGUGUUGAGGCACUGUAUACGGGAAGGGGGGCACGAUGUGCCCAGUAACAAGGAUGUGACCUCGCUGGAUUGGAAUAGCGAUGGAACGCUAUUGGCUACAGGUUCCUAUGAUGGCUUUGCGAGGAUAUGGACGGAAGACGGCAACCUGGCCAGCACCUUAGGCCAACAUAAAGGCCCCAUCUUUGCCUUGAAAUGGAACAAGAAGGGGAAUUACAUCUUGAGUGCCGGUGUAGACAAAACAACAAUAAUUUGGGAUGCCCACACAGGAGAAGCCAAACAACAGUUCCCUUUCCACUCAGCCCCCGCUCUGGAUGUGGAUUGGCAGAACAACACUACCUUUGCCUCCUGUAGCACAGACAUGUGUAUCCAUGUGUGCAGACUCGGCUGUGACCGCCCAGUCAAAACCUUCCAAGGACACACAAAUGAGGUCAAUGCAAUCAAGUGGGAUCCUUCUGGAUUGCUGCUCGCAUCCUGCUCUGAUGACAUGACGUUGAAGAUCUGGAGUAUGAAGCAGGACACAUGUGUCCAUGACCUUCAGGCUCACAACAAAGAGAUCUACACCAUAAAGUGGAGCCCCUCCGGGCCAGCCACCAGCAACCCCAGCUCCAACAUCAUGCUCGCAAGUGCUUCAUUUGAUUCUACGGUUCGACUCUGGGACGUGGAGCGAGGUGUCUGCAUCCACACACUCACAAAGCAUCAGGAACCUGUCUACAGUGUAGCUUUUAGCCCUGACGGGAAGUACUUGGCCAGUGGCUCCUUUGACAAGUGCGUCCAUAUCUGGAAUACUCAGAGUGGAAGCCUUGUGCACAGCUAUCGGGGCACCGGUGGCAUCUUUGAGGUGUGCUGGAAUGCACGUGGGGAUAAAGUUGGUGCCAGCGCAUCUGACGGCUCUGUGUGUGUUUUAGAUCUGCGGAAGUGAACACAAACUAUUACAGAAAAGAGAAUUCUAAUGGACCAGCAGUGUGGGGUUGCUGCACUCUUUAAACACACUUCUGUCAGCUCCAGAACUGUAUGAACGUGACUUGCGUUAGAGUGUGCUUGGAAUCACCGCGUCCCUGGCCACAGGGUUCUUGUAUUGUUUCAUAACCUUCAUCAAGA